UCUGGAGUCCAACUCCAUCUCACACACAGUGGCCGGCCUAUAUAAACCCACAGACCCUGGGGUUUAGUGUCACUCACCAGAGCACCACCUCCAAGACCUCAGCCAUGAAAGCUGUAGCUCUUGCACUGACCCUCCUCUUGGCCUUGGGCUCCCAUGCCCGUACCCUGCAGGCCGACGCUCCCUCUCAGCUGGAGCACUACAAGGCAGCUGCUAUGGUCUACCUGGACCAGGUGAAAGCCCACGCCUCCAAAGCCCUGGAGCACCUGGAAGGAACUGAGUAUGACCAAUACAAGCAGAAGCUGACCGAGAGCCUGGACAAGCUCCAGCAGUAUGCUGAGACCGCCUCCCACUCGCUGAGCCCAUACACCACCCAUCUCAUUGACAGCACCAAGCAGGUGCGUGAGCACAUUCUGUCUGAGCUGGAGAACCUGCGUUCUCAGGUGGAGCCUCACGGUGUUGAGCUGCGCCAGGUCAUUGAAAAGCACGUAGAGGAGUACCGCGAGAAGCUCGGCCCCAUCCUCCAGGAGUACCUCGCCAGCAACCAGGAGGAGCUGGAGGCACUGCGUCUCAAGCUGCAGCCUGCCCUGGACGAUCUGAGGCAGAAGGUGGAGACCAACUUCGAGGAGACCAAGUCCAAGCUGGUGCCCAUUGUGGAGGCCGUCCGCGCCAAGCUGACCAAGCAGCUGCUUAACCUCAGGAAUCUGGCCACUCCCUACGCCGAGGAGUACAAGGAGCAUGUGCUGAAGGCCGUGGAGGAUGUGAAGGAGAAGCUGGCCCCCCACACUGCUGAGCUGCAUGGACAUCUGGAGCCUUACCUGGAGACCGUGAAGGCCAGACUUACAUCCAUCUAUGACUCUGUGGCCCAAGCUAUCAAUGCCUAAACGGCUCUGUCCAGGACUUAGUCACAUAUAUACAAAGUCAACACUUUAGAUUAACAUGUUCAUAUGCUUGUCUGUCGGCUACAACAUUCGCCUAUGAUGUGAUGAUGCAAAAUAAAUGAAACGUUAAAGAAAA